AUGGCGCCACCGCACCCGGAUGACCGGUCCUUGCUGGACAGACUGAAUGCCCUCAAGUCUACAUCCGUCAGCCUGGACAAGCCAGCAAACACCGCGACUGCCGCCGCAGCCGUUCCUGGGUCCGAAUCCCCACCGGGAGCGUCAAGGGAGGAUGCCCUUGCAGCACGGCUCCGGAUUCUUCGGAGCCGGCAGGGUAGCAGCAACCACGAUGGAACCGGCACAAUACCGCCGCCUGCCGCCGAGCCCACGAGUUCGGGAGGCCGGCCCGCCAAGGGGAAGCCGGCCGGCGAGGCAUCUCCAUUGUCACGCCCGGGUCCUAUGAAUGCCAGCGCGAAGCUGGAUUCCUACCAAUUUUUCUCGUCGGAGGCGGAUGACGAGGAGGCGCUUGAUGAGCUGCUGGAGAGUUUGGGGGAUGCGCACUUCGACCUGGCUGAGGGUGAGGACGCAGGAACGAAGCCUGAUUCCGAUCCGAGCGGCGACGCAAAGAAGGUUGCCGACUUCCUCAACUCGCUCCAACAGGGCUCUGAGAAUCCACUGCCCAAGGGGGAUAGUGCAGCCUCGGCUGACGAUGACGAUGACUCCGACGGCGAGCACAUGACGCGUGCUGUUGAGACGAUACUCUCCCAGCUCGGCGACGAGAUAACCUCGCUGCCACCGCCCGCGCCGGCAGCAGAGACAGCCACCGGGCCAGAUCCGGAGGCCGACGAGCUUUCGUUAACCCUACCGGCCGUACCUUCGCAGCUUCAAGAUCCGGCCCCCGACCCGAAACCAGAAGACGACUUUGAAAGGAACAUCUCUGCGCGUUUGGCUUCCCUACGAGGCCUCGGGACCCUCGACGCGCUCGGGUUGCCGUCCGCGCCGACUUUCCGGCCCCAGGACCGUCGCGCAUCUGAUCUUGGCCAGGGACUGCUGCGGUCAACUAAGUACACGGACGAGGACCAGAUGACGUGGUGUGUUGCGUGCCUCGAUGAUGCGACUAUCAGGUGUGUCGGGUGCGAUAACGACGUGUUUUGCGCGCGGUGCUGGAAGGAGAUGCAUCUUGGGCCCUCGGCUGGGUAUGAUGAACGGGGACAUAAGUGGGUCAAGUUUGAAAGGAGCAGACGUGCCUAA